AUGCCUCCUGGACACUUCACUGGAGACGUGUUUCACACAAGUCCAAUGAGGGGAAGACUCCAGGGCAGACCACAGAUGGACAGAUUCUACUUUGUGGCUGGUCUGGGAACGCCUUGGUGUCCCCCAGAGGAGCUAGAGGAGGUGGCCGAGGAGAGAGAAGUCUGCAACAAAUUCGUUGACCCAAACAUACAAACCAUGGCCUCGGACUUAGAGGUGUUGAUCCUCAUCCUGGCUGUGAACCACCCCAGUGUCACACUGUCAUUGCCCACAGGAGUGUUCAAGUCCCCCAGAAGAACACUGGAGUCCCAAGUCAGGACACCUUCCAGACCCCCACCCAGGGACUCCAAGAAGGCUGGGUACCCCUGGCUGCUGUUCAGAGAACCAGGGCCAAGUGGACCAGCUGGUUUCCCUGGACCUAGGGGACCUGCUGGAAUGCCUGGAUAUCCUGGACCUAUUGUAAUGUGUGGACGAGUUAUAAAGUAUGACUUCAUCAGGAGAGCUGGUCAGAAAUACUUCGUGUCCUUCAAGGAGAGAAGCUCUUUCUCCAAAGCUGUUGUCUUCUGCUCCCAGCAAGGAUUACAGCUGGCUUUGCCCCAAAAUGAGGAGGAGAAUAAUGCACUGACUCAGAUGUUUGGUGAAGGUGACAAAACGGCCUGGAUCAGCAUCAACAACAGAAAAGCACAAGGGAAUUUUGCAGUCGAUCUGAAAAACCAACCUUUGGUUUUUACCAAAUGGGCAGAAGGGCAGCCGGACAGAUCAGUCCAGGAUACAGGCUGCACCAUGCUGACAGAAAACGGCUUCUGCACAGUCACACAAGAAUGCUCCCUGCAGGCUUACAUCAUUUGUCAGUUAUAA